UCUCAACCCUAGCCCUGGCGGCCUGCUCACCUCCCGCCGUCACCGCUCGGUGCUCCCCCUCUCGCAACUCCGCUGCCGUCUCUCCUCGCGCAGGCAGGCGCAGGUCCGCAUCUCCGCCGCUGUCCCGCAGGCGCAGCUUCUCCACUCUCCAGCCGAGCAGGCGGUCGCGGCAGCCAGCAGGACCCGCACGGCCGCACCCGCUCCCCCCGCCCGUCCCGGCCGGCGCUGUCUGCCUGGCCGGCCCCCGGCGACCCCGGCCCGCGCCGCACAGCAGCUGCAGGCGCUGCAGCUCGGCCACUCUCCAGCAGGCGCAAAGGUAGUUGAAUGGCUUCAAGUGCACGGGGCAUCAUGUUUCGGCGUCUCAAAACACUAACUAUAAGCCCAGCACUGGCAUCUGGUGUGACCAGUCAGAAUCACCAGCUUCAACAGCGUGCACCAGUGAGUGGCACAGCCAAAGGAAAGGCUAAGCUCAAAGCAGGUCAGCCGUUGAAGCGUUCUACCAUAGGAGCGAAGAAAGGGGCACCUUCCACUGGUGGAGGCGGCGGUGGCCGUGGUCGUCGUGAAGCCAUUGAGCGCAUUACUAAUAUUUCAGAGUCUUGUCUCAAUGCCUCUACUCCGCUGCGGCACUUGUCCCCCAAGGAGCGUCUUCGCGAAGCUAAACGUGAGGAACUGGGACUUGUCUCCAAGGAGAGGCAACGCGAGCUUGAUGUAGCCAAGGCCAAAGCUAAAGCCAAAUCCAAAAGUACUGGUGGAGGUGAAGGAGACCGUGUGCUUAUGGGGCCACCGGGCCUUGACUAUAUCAGUCUUGGGCUAGUUGAUGAGGAGGCAAUCCCCAAGUAUGAGCUCACAGUUGAGGAUGGUCAGCGACUUGCCAAAGAGUACAGUCGUGUGCUAAUGCGGCGACACCGUGCAAGGCAAACGGCAGAGUCAACGCUUCUGACCCUCAAAAAGGAGGCCAUUGCUGCUCUCCCUGAGAAGCUGCGAGCAGCGGCUAUGGUACCUGACAUGACACCGUUCCCUGCAAACCGGUACAUGGCAACACUCACACCACCAAUUGAAGGAUAUAUCGAAAAAGUGCGGGAAGCGGCCAAGAAGCACUCUGUGAAGGAGAAACUUCGCUGAGAAUUCAAGGGAGGAAACUGUCUCCACAUAAGGGGAAUGGAUAUUGAACCUAAUGUACAAGAACAGCUUUGGCACAAACUACACUUGCCAAAUUUGGUGAUCUAGUCAGAUAUCCCAAUUUGCAGAGCAGUCAUGAUCUAGUGAAAUCUAUUUUGCCAAUUUUUAUGCAGAACUCUACAGGAUUGGCGUUUCUUUGAAGUUGUCACUAGACUGUCAUUUCACCCUUUUUUUUUUGCUGGUUUAGGAUGUUUGUUGUUGACAGACUUCUGUAAUAAAGGGUUAACAGUGAGACCGUGAAACCGAAGAAUCUCUUGACUUCUCACAAAUGCCCCUUACCCUUAGUAUUUCACGCACUAAUUAUCAUUUAGACGUCGCCUUGGCUGCUAGAUUGCUGAAACACCUGGGGUUUAUGAUGUAGCAUUUGUGCGUUUGUGCCUUCACUUUUAAACUGCACUGCAUCUUUCCUUAGUGAAUGACGUAUUCUGUA